GCAGGUUCGGGUUUGGUGGUUGGGGCUUGAGACCUGUGACCACCACCACCAGUGCUGCUACUGCUGCAGCCGUCCUCAGCGGAGCACCCUUCGCAUACUCGUCAUCUUCAUCCUGGUCAUCCAGGUUCUGGGGGUCCAAGAUGCCUCGAGUGGACGCAGACCUCAAACUGGACUUUAAGGAUGUUCUGUUCAGACCCAAAAGGAGCAGCCUUAAGAGUCGCUCUGAGGUGGAUCUUCAAAGAACUUUUACAUUCCGUAACUCCAAGCAGACCUACACUGGGAUCCCCAUUAUUGCAGCCAAUAUGGACACCACAGGAACAUUUGAGAUGGCACAAGUUCUCAGUAAACACACUCUCUUCACAGCAGUGCAUAAACACUACUCGGUGGAAGACUGGAAAAACUUUGCUGCUAAUCAUCCAGAAUGUUUGGAGCAUAUUGCUGCCAGCUCAGGGAGCGGAACAGCCGAUCUGGAGAAGCUGUGUGCCAUUAUAGAAGCCGUCCCUGCUCUUAGAUACAUUUGUCUGGAUGUGGCCAAUGGCUAUUCUGAGUACUUUGUGGAGUUUGUCAAGAAAGUGAGAGAAACGUUUCCCAAGCAUACCAUCAUGGCAGGAAAUGUUGUAACAGGAGAGAUGGUGGAAGAGCUCAUCCUGUCUGGUGCUGAUGUAAUAAAAGUGGGCAUUGGACCAGGAUCUGUGUGCACAACAAGGAUAAAAACUGGAGUGGGUUACCCACAGCUGAGUGCCGUCAUCGAGUGUGCAGACUCGGCUCAUGGCCUGAAAGGACACAUCAUCUCUGAUGGUGGCUGCAGCUGUCCUGGAGAUGUAGCGAAAGCCUUUGGGGCCGGGGCUGACUUUGUCAUGAUGGGAGGGAUGCUCGCAGGCCACGACCAGUGCUCUGGGGAAACGAUUGAAAAGAAUGGCAAAAAGUACAAACUCUUCUACGGCAUGAGCUCUGACACAGCCAUGAAGAAAUAUGUGGGCGGAGUUGCUGAGUACAGGGCGUCUGAGGGUAGGACAGUGGAGGUUCCCUACAGAGGAGAUGUAGAAAACACAAUCCGGGACGUGCUUGGGGGGCUCCGCUCCACCUGCACCUAUGUGGGCGCAGCCAAACUCAAGGAGCUGAGCCGUAGAACCACCUUCAUCCGCGUAACACAGCAGUCCAGCCAUAUGUUCACUUAGGAACGAGCACUCAGCUUCAUAUACCUAAAACAAUGUCCCUGCAUUAAACAUACUAAUGCCUGUCCAUGGAGAGUCCUGCUGGGACUUAGUUGGACCCUCUUCACCUCAUAAACACUGCACCUGUGCCUCAAUGUUUCAGCUGCCACAAAGAAUCAACUGCUUGUUGUUAUUCUAAAUCAAGAUAUUAUAACUGCAUUAAGAAAUGUGAGGGGAAAAAUAGCAAAAGCAUGCUAUACCAUCGAUUUUCUCAGCUUUGGGAUAAGAUGACUGUGAUUAGAUGUUUCUAAAUCUGCAGCAUUUUUUUGAAUAAACCCUUCAUGCAAA